AUGAAGCACGAGCAGGACGUCGAGUUCAACAAUGGACUCACAACUGUGCCCUCUCAGACGGGCGAGGUCCACGACGAUGUCUUUGGUGAUAUCACUGACGAGGGACCCAACUAUCGUGCUGUCGGUUGGAUCGGCACCGUUGCCCUCAUGAUGAAGACCCAGGUCGGUCUUGGCGUCUUGUCUAUCCCCGCCGUUUUCGACGUCCUUGGCAUCGUUCCUGGUGUUAUCUGCCUUAUUAUCAUCGCUGGAAUCACGACUUGGUCUGAUUACAUGGUUGGAGUUUUCAAGCGUCGCCACACCCAGGUGUAUAGUAUCGACGAUGCGGGUGAUUUAAUGUUUGGCCGUAUUGGUCGUGAGAUUCUGGGAAUAGCUUUCUGUCUUUACUGGAUCUUCGUCGCCGGAUCUGGUAUGCUGGGUAUCUCGAUCGGUCUGAACGCUGUCUCGACUCAUGGCGCCUGUACCGCUAUCUUUGUUGCCGUUGCCGCUAUUGUUGGAUUCAGUCUCGCGAGUAUCCGUACUCUUGGCCGUAUCAGCUGGCUUGCUUGGAUCGGUCUUGUCUGUAUUCUUACAGCCAUCUUUACUGUCACCAUCGCCGUUGGUAUUCAAGAUCGACCCGCUGCUGCGCCAUCGACCGGACACUGGAAGUCUGACUACAAGGUCGUUAACAACCCCUCCUUCACCGAGGGUAUUUCGGCUAUUUCUUCCCUGGUCUUUGCCUACGCCGGUACUCCUGGCUUCUUCUCCAUCGCCUCCGAGAUGAAGAACCCAGCCCACUAUACUCGCUCCCUGAUGAUCUGCCAGGCUGGUGUUACUAUCACCUACAUAGUCAUCGGCUGCGUCGUGUACCUGUACUGCGGUUCUUACGUUGCCUCGCCCGCUCUCGGCUCAGCUGGUCCUCUGAUCAAGAAGAUCGCCUACGGUCUUGCGCUUCCCGGCCUCAUCGCUACCACGACUCUCGUCAUCCAUUUCGCCGCCAAGUACGCUUUUGUCCGCAUCCUUCGAGGCUCCAAGCACCUGGCUUCCAACAGCCCUAUUCACUGGGGAACUUGGCUCGGAUGCACUUUUGUCACUUCCAUCAUUGCCUACGCCAUUGCUAGCGGUAUCCCUGUUUUCGGCGGUCUCGUCUCCCUCGUCGGUGCCCUCCUCGGCACGUUGAUGUCUUUCCAGCCGAUGGGAUGCAUGUGGCUUUACGACAACUGGGCUCCCGGCCGACGCGAUCCCACCCUUCGAUGGUAUCUCAUGGUUGCUUUCAGCGUCUUUGUCAUCGUUUCUGGUACCUUCCUGAUGAUCGGAGGUACAUACGGAUCCAUUGUUAGCAUUAUUGAUUCUUACAAGGAGUCUGGUGGUUCGUCUGCCUGGUCUUGUGCCGACAACUCCAACUCUGUUUGA